ACCACAGUCAGCACACGUUGUGUUAGCCGUGUACAUUCACCAGUAGAGACAAUCACGAGGGCGUGUAAACAAUUCAUUAAUUUACCAUUAAAGUUAGUGUAUUAGUUGUAUUUGUCUCUAUCAUAUGGAGAUACUCGGAAGCGCGUUUGACGACUCGGUGUUUCUGGAGGCGAAGGAACGAGUUUGUGAGUCUUUGUCUUCAUACGACGCCAAACUGUGCGAACCACAGUGGUUUUGUGACAGUGCUGCGCUCAAUACAGAUGAUUCCCUGGAGAAGCAGAAAGUUUAUAAAUUCAGAGGUGACCUUGCUGUGAGACAGGGAAACUAUCAGGAAGCCUUAGAAGCGUACAGCUGCUGCCUGGAGUGGGUCCCUGACAACAACCUCACCAUCAGAAGAGAUGUACUGGAGGGAAUGGCCCGAUGCUGCACCAAACUGGGACAGAGAGACCAGGCGCUGGACUUUGUUGAAUCACUUAGCAAGGAAACCUCCAACACCAGUCACCUGACCAGCCUCCUCCUGCUCAAGGUCAGCAUCCACCAACAUUUUGGAGCCGUCCGAUCACAGAUGUGGUCUCUCCAGCAGCUGUGCAGUCUGCUGCCUUUCAACCCCUGGCACUGGUUCAGCCUGGGCCAUAUGUGUUUACGGCUGCUGGAGAACACAACAACCACCAGCACCACAGAAGAGCAGAAUGAUGGAGAGACUGAGGAGCAACAGGAGGAGACAGCAGGGCUGCAGGAGGACAGACUGCGACUCAAAGCUUGCGCUAGUUUCAUCAGGACGAGACUCCUGUUGAGAAUCCUUCAGCAGCAGCAGUUCUCCUUUGUGUUGCAGCGCAGUGAAAACGCUCUACAGACAAUAGAUGUGGCGCUACAGCGGCUAAAUCCAAAAGAGUCAACACUUCAGACUCUCACUGAGGUGAUGUCCGAGGACCUGACCGCAGAGAAGAUGAGGGAGGACUUCCAGGAUGGGGAGAGUCUGUCCACUGUGUGUGUGCAGAGCUUCAGAGAACGCUGGUGGAGUAAGAUCUUGCUGACCGUCACGUUAGAGGCAGAUGGAGCUCAGAAAGACUGACACAACAAUGUCCUCCUGAUACUGAAGGUGUCAGACAGGAGGUUGAAGAAAGUCUCAGCUACUGUAUGGAUCCAAUCUAAAUGAAGUGAAGUCAAGAUCUUUGAUUGUUUUAAGUCUGAACACAACAUCUCGACAGUUAAAUGUAAAAAAAAAUGACACUUAAAAUGUUACAGAAUUCCUUAUGACUUGAAUUUCACAUGGAGAUUCUUAUGUACCAAACAGCCCACAUGUGCAAUGACGUUUCAUCCACUUCAUGCUGUGUAAAGUAUAACCUGGUUUUAAAUGGGGAACAAAUAUUGAGAGAUUUUAUAUAUAUUUUUGAAAUGUCACUGAUGCGUGAACAUGCUCAUUAAAUGUAUAAAUGCUA